AUGGCUUGGUUCUGGCGAAGUUGGACAACAGACGGCGUUCUUGUGGUUGACCGCGCCACACCAUGUGUUGUGGAUAGCACGUUGCCCGUCUCAAUCAAAUUAAACUUAACUUUGUUGUGCCACGAACACAAGACUGCAUCUGUGGACACCUGGAACUGUGUACAAGGUCGAGUUGCGCAGAGGGGGUCGUUGCUCACCCAAAAAGGGGCACAGGGACACAAGGCGUUACGUGCUCCGGCCCGUGAACGGCGCGAAGCGCUCGAAGGAGGUGUCCUGGCAUAUCACCCUCGAGAGGACGACUACGCUGAUUCACUGCAGCAAGCGCUCGAACCACAUGUUGGUUCCGAUGAUAACGUAUCGACACUGCCCAUCCAAUACAACCCCAGUGUCAGCAACAUGAACGGGUAUCAGGCGCGAAUGUAUCUCCGCAAGGAGUCAAGGAAGGGGAGUGAAGGGAGUGUGGCGAGAGAGACCAGGGGUGGGCGGCGUACGAGUGAUGCUAUGUCACCUGAGGAAAAGUUCCGUGCAACUUCACCUUCGCCAUCUCACCCGCCGGUAAUGAACGGACACUGCUCGAGAAUGGUUCUCCAGGUUGAUCUAGGUCAUAUCGGCGCUUGGGGUCGUACAGGGUCGCCGCGAUACCUUGCAGCGCUAACCAAUAUUCAUCCCCUCAACGGCCUUCGGGCGAAAAAUAUGACAAGAUCGGCCACGUUACUCCCGAUCAGCCCCCGAGGCGAUCCUCCACAUCUCACCCUCCGGUGA